GCGCUGGGCCUGGGGGCGGCGGGGCUGCUGGCGCUCGCGGCGCUGGCACGGGGCUUGCAGCUGAGUGCUUUGGCGCUGGCGCCCGCGGAGCUGCAGAUUCUGCGCGAGAAUGGCUCGGAAGAGGAGCGCGCGGCAGCGCGACGCCUGGAGCCGGCGCGGCGCUGGGCGUGCUGCGCCCUGGGCGCGCUGUUGGUUGUGUCUGGUCUGGCGCAGGCGGGGGUGGCCGGGUUGCUGUCCCUCGUGCCCGCCGUGCUGGGCAGUGCGGGGCUCGCAUUCUUGGUAGCUGAGGUGCUGCCGGCCACGGUGAGCGGGCGCUGGACCCUGGCUCUGGCUCCGCGCGCGCUGGCGCUAAGCCGCUUGGCCGUGCUGCUCACCCUCCCCGUGGCCUUGCCGGUGGGGCAGCUGCUGGAGCUGGCGUCGCGGCCCGGGCGGCUGCGCGAGCGCGUGCUGGAGCUGGCGCGCGGCUGCGGCGAUCCCUACAGUGACCUCAGCAAGGGCGUGUUGCGCUGCCGGACGGUGGAGGAUGUGCUCACGCCUCUCGAGGACUGCUUCAUGCUGGACGCCGGCACCGUGCUGGACUUCGGUGUCCUGGCCAGCAUCAUGCAGAGUGGCCAUACGCGCAUACCCGUGUACGAGGAGGAGCGCUCCAACAUUGUGGACAUGCUCUACCUCAAGGACUUGGCCUUUGUGGACCCCGAAGACUGCACGCCCCUCAGCACCAUCACCCGUUUCUACAACCACCCGCUCCACUUCGUCUUCAACGACACCAAGCUGGACGCAGUUCUCGAGGAGUUCAAGCGAGGGAAGUCCCACCUGGCCAUCGUGCAGAAGGUGAACAACGAGGGUGAAGGGGACCCCUUCUAUGAGGUCCUGGGGCUGGUCACCCUGGAGGACGUCAUCGAGGAGGUCAUCAAGUCGGAGAUCCUGGACGAGUCGGAGGGCCCUCGGGACAUCUCAGUGAGGAAGAAGCCGGCCUCCUUGAGUGCCCCUGCCAGGCGGAAGGAGGACUGCUCCCUGUUCAAGGAGUCUGGUGAGGGGUGCAAAGUGAAGAUCUCACCUCAGCUGCUCUUAGCCACCCAGCGCUUCCUUUCCCAAGAGGUGGACGUGUUCAGCCCCCUGCGAGUCUCUGAGACGGUCCUGUUGCACCUGCUGAGGCACCCGAGCGUUAGCCAGGAGGUGAUGUUUGAUGAGCAUGACCGCCUGGCUGCACACCAUUACCUGUACCAGCGCAGUCGGCCGGUGGACUACUUCAUCCUCAUCUUGCAGGGCAGGGUGGAGGUGGAGAUUGGGAAGGAGGGCCUCAAGUUCGAGAACGGGGCCUUCACCUACUAUGGCGUGUCUGCCCUGACAGUGCCGUCCUCGGUUCACCAGUCCCCAGUGUCCUCGCUGCAGCCCCUCUACCAUGACCUGCAGCCCGAGCCAGCUGAUGGCACCUGUUUAUCCACGUACUGUCCUGACUACACCGUGAGGGCCCUCUCCGACUUGCAGUUCAUCAAGGUCACGCAGCUGCAGUACCUCAACGCACUCCUGGCUACCCAAGCCCAGAACCUGCCGCAGACCCCAGAGGACACGGGUCUCCAGGUUGUCUAAGGCAGCCAGGCCAGGCUCCUCAGCAACAGGACAGCCGAAGCCAGAGGGUCUGACCAGAGUAGGCCUGCCCUUCCGGCGGAGGAGAGCCUGGGGCGGAGCCUAGCACUUUACCUGCUUUCCAGGCGGCCCCAGGUGUGAAGAUGAGACCAGCACAUGGGGAAUGGAGAGAGCCCAGCCAACGAGGAAGAGGAGUCAUUUCCUGCCAGCCUGGCCAUACUUGCUCCAGGCCACGUUUUAGAUGGCCUUAGAGAUAUGGGUCCUGGGCUAUCCUCAGAAGCAGAGUCAUGUCAGGAGCCUUCAGCAGGUCCAUGACCUCGAGGAUAUGGGGUUCACUCAGGCACAGCCCUCAAGCCUGCUUCCAAAGGGAGUGAAAGGCCCACCGUCCUGUCUAGUCCCUGGGCCUAGCUUUCUCCCUUUGAUGGUGCAGUGUCUCUGUACCUCUUGAGGCCAAGUUGUGACGAGAGUGCACAACUCCUGCCUUCAGUUGGCUGUGACCCACACUCCUGGCUUCUAACUUGCAGCCUUCUGCUGCCGGCAGCGCUGAGCCAGCCAGGGGCACCAGUCUGGCUGGGGGUUCACACCCGUGGCCUUGGCCACGUUAACUUUGUGGUGUCCCUGACAGUGCUGUGUUUCAAAGCACACCCCUGUCCCGUGUGCCAAACCUAGAAGCACGAUCCCCCACAAGUCUGUGCCACUAGCCCUGUUCCCUCCUGUGGAGGUGGCUUUUCUGACCCCUUCCAGAGCCCUGAGCGUGCCAGCUGGCCUUUGGGGGCUGAGGUGGCCUGCUCUUCCUACUGCACCUCUGCCUGUCCUGCUGAGUUGCCACUAACGGUGUUGUCACUUGUUUUAAUAAGAGGUCACGUGUGGGAGGAAGUGCUCGUUAUGUUGCCUGUAGUCCUUUGGUCGUCAGAUCCCAAGGAGACUAUCACCUUUCCCUCCUGUACCUAUGUGAGGGACGUGGCCACGCUGUGCGUGGACAGCAACGAUGGGGAAGGGGAAGGGUUGGAUGAGGACCAGGUCAGUCGCUGUCUCCUUUCUUUAAAGAAAGAACACAAAUCUGAGUUUCUUUCGAACAUUUCAAGCUCUGCUUUUUUCCUGGCCCUCACUGGGGGGUUUAGAGAAGCGGGAACAAGAAGACAUUCGUUUUUUUCUUGGUUCGCCUCUGUGUCCCUUCCACCAUGCAGCUGCGUACAGGCUGGGGCACCAUGGGGACCUAAGAUCUUAGGGUGGAUGUGGAGGGAGGGAGGAGGGUUUCUGGAAACUUCUUCGAAGGAAUUUGGGUCCUUCCUGGGAAUGAAGGCCAAAUAACAGUGGUGUGCUCACUAGAAGCUAUUCUCAGGGGACUCUCCAAAGGCAGAAUCCCAGGUGGGAAACAGUUGUACAAGGCUGAGGCGCUGCCUGAGGAGCUCGGCCCUCGUGCUGGUCUGCGGGCAGCUGUGCUACUUCCAGACAUGGCGUUCCGCUUGAAGCCGCAGAACUUGUUGCUGAUGCCACGUGAGGACUGGCUGCUUUAAAAUCAUCUCCAGAACUUUAGGAUCACCUGGCAAAUUAAACGCACAGAUACCUGGGGCCUACCCCAGGGAGGAUAUAAUUGAUCUGAGCAUCAGGAUUUUUUUUUUUUAAAUAAUUUUAGAUUGACACAAGAGUUCCAUAUACCCUUUAUCCAGCCCCCUAAUGUUAACAUCUUAUGUCACUUGGUACCUUUAUCAAAGCUAAAGGAUUAAUAUCAGUACAAAACUAUUAACUGGAUUACACCUUAUUUGGAUUUUACCAAUUUUUCCAAUGUCCUUUUUUAGUUGCAGGACCCAAUCCAGGAUACCAGCUUGCAUUUAGAACUAUUACUUUUUUUCCUUAACUUUUUAUUUUGAGAUAACAGAUUCAUAGGAAUUGCAAAGAUAGAGGUAUCCUUUACAGUUUUCCUCAGUGGCUACAGUAUCAAGCCAGGGAUUGGACGCUAGGUGUGAGGUGUAGGGUUCUGUACCAUCUGUGUGUCUUUGUCCACCAUUAUGAUCCAGACAGAACUGUCGCACCACUACCAGGAUCACCCCCCAACUACCCUUUUAGUGCCAAACCCACCCACCUGGCUGCAAUAUCUUAAUUCCUGGCAUCACUAAUAUUUGUCAUCAUCUCUAAUUUUGUUGUUUCAAGAUUGUCAUAUAAAUGGGAUCAUACAGUAGGUGACCAUUUGGGAUUGGCUUCUCUCAGCAUAAUGCUCUAGAGAUUCAUCCAGGUUGUUGCGUAUGUUAAAGUUCAUCCGUUUUGGUGGCUGUGUGGUAUUCCAUGUCAUGCUCAUUGUCCCAAUUAAGGACAUCUAGGUGGAUCCUAGUUUCUGGUUAAUAAAUAAAUAAAAAAGCUGCUGUGAACAUUCAUCAAA